UUCAGCAAACUAAGAGGAAAUUUAUGUUGUUUGUUUUCACUUUUUUUUUCCAACGCAAAUUUCUAUUUUGAAAUUCGAACAAGUGCGAGAACACAAAGCAAAAUAAACACAAAAACCAUAGAAUAACAUAAAUCAAAUGAAGAGCCCUAAAUUCGGUAUAUAUUUUCGGAUUUUAGUUUUUCGCUGAAUUGCAAUUUGCAAUACGGUCAGUGUUGUCGGAAUGCACACACGAGUGCUGUGCACUCAAAGUAAUUAAAACAAAUAAAAAAAAAAAAAUUAAAAAAAAAUAUAUAUAAUAUAACCAAAUUGAAAUUCAUUGGAAUUCAAUGGCAAUGGCAAUGGCGUGUAAAAGUGAAUAUCGUUUAAUUAUUUUGAUUGCUAUUGCCGCGAUACUUCAUCAUCAUCAUGUCGAUGGACAGCAAAAAACAAACGUUGGUCUAAUUUAUGAAUCAACAAAUCCCGACAUGGAAAAGAUAUUUCAAAAGGCAAUUGAUGACGCCAAUGAAGUCAACGAAGACAUUAAACUAUCCGCCGUUACUGCUGCCAUAACUCCCGGAAAUGCCUUUGAAACCUCCAAAAAACUUUGCAAAAUGCUCCGAGGAGUUAAAAUCCAAUUUAUCAAGCAUUCCACAGUCAAGUGUAAUCGCGGUUUUCGGCCCAUCUACAACCGUGCCCGCCGCACAUGCCAUGAGCAUUUGCGAUGCCAAGGAAAUGCCAUUUAUGGAUACCCGCUGGGAUUUUUCCACACAAUUGCCUACCAUCAAUCUCCACCCACACCCAACCCAGAUAGCUGUCGUUCUACGAGAUAUAGUUACAACGCUUGGCUGGCGAGGAUUUACGAUUCUUUACGAAACUGGUGAAUAUCUGUCAAUUGUAAAUGAAUUACUUCAGCUCUACGGAACGGAUGGCCCAGUUGUUACACUGCGUCGUUAUGAGCUUGAUAUCCAAGGUAAUUACCGGAAUGUCCUGCGAAGAGUGAAAAAAUCCGAUGAUUUUUCCAUAGUAAUCGUGGGAUCCAUCGACACCCUGCCAGAGCUAUUCAAACAGUUGCAACAAGUGGGUCUCAUGAAUGAUGCAUACCGUUAUGUUAUUGGAAACCUUGACUUGCAAACUAUCGACCUGGAACCAUAUCAGCAUUGUGAUGCUAAUAUAACAGGCUUUCGAUUGGUUUCGCCGGAAAAUCAGCGUGUGGUUGAUAUUUUGAAAUCCUUUGAUGAAAGUGUGGAGGACCCUUUUCAAAAUGUAUCCUGUCCGAUGAGUGUUAACAUGGCCUUGGUUUAUGAUGGUGUGCAAUUAUUGGCAGAAACUUACAAACAUGUGAAUUUUCGUCCUGUUCAGCUGAAUUGCAAUGAAGUUAGCAGUUGGGAUAAGGGUUACACUUUAAUUAACUACAUGAAAUCGCUUUCUGUAUCAGGAUUAACUGGUGAAAUUAAAUUUGACAAUCAAGGUCUUCGGACGGAUUUUCAACUUGAGACUAUUGAAUUAAAUCCUUCGGGUUUGUCAAAUGUUGGUUCAUGGUCGACAAGUGAUGGAUUUAGUAUUAAUCGAAAACCUCCUCCAGUUGCGCUUGAAGUUGAUCAACGUUCGUUGGUGAAUAGGAGUUUUGUUGUUAUCACAGCUUUGUCUGAUCCAUAUGGCAUGCUAAAGGAAACAUCCGUUAGACUGGAAGGAAAUGAUCAAUAUGAAGGAUUUGGCAUUGAUCUUAUUGCAGAAUUGGGAAAUAAACUUGGUUUUAAUUUUACUUUUAGGCUACAAGAAGAUAACAAGUAUGGAUCGCUGGAUCCUGUUACAGGAAAAUGGAACGGAAUGCUUCUAGAAAUCUUAGAAGGGCGAGCUGACUUGGGCAUCACGGAUUUAACAAUGACAUCUGAUCGAGAAAGUGGUGUUGAUUUUACUAUUCCCUUCAUGAAUCUUGGAAUUGCAAUUUUAUACAAGAAACCAGUUAAGGAGCCUCCAAAACUUUUCUCAUUCAUGUCCCCAUUUUCGGGUGAGGUGUGGCUUCUGUUGGGAAUGGCAUACUUUGGAGUUUCAAUGAGUCUGUUUAUUUUGGGAAGAAUAUCGCCUGGUGAAUGGGAUAAUCCUUAUCCUUGUAUUGAAGAGCCAACAGAACUGGAAACACAAUUUAGUUUUGCAAAUUCAUUAUGGUUUACGAUUGGUGCCUUAUUGCAACAAGGAACUGAACUUGCUCCCAAAGCUCCAUCAACUAGAGCUGUUGCAUCAUUUUGGUGGUUCUUCACAUUAAUUUUGGUUUCAUCGUACACUGCUAAUUUAGCAGCUUUUCUCACAGUAGAAUCUUUGAGUACUCCAAUUGAAAAUGCUGAAGAUCUUGCGGCAGGAAAGGGAAAUGUUAAAUAUGGAGCGAAAAAAGGCGGAAGUACAUUUACAUUCUUUCAAGAUGCAAAAUACCCAACUUACCAGAAAAUGUAUGAAUUCAUGAAAGAAAACCCUCAAUACAUGACUUCAACCAAUAACGAAGGAGUUGAGCGUGUUGAAAAUGAGAAUUAUGCUUUUCUCAUGGAAUCAACAACAAUUGAGUACAUUAUUGAGCGAAAGUGUACACUAACUCAAGUUGGUGCAUUACUUGAUGAAAAGGGAUAUGGAAUUGCCAUGCGCAAAAAUAGUCCAUAUAGAGAUAUUCUAAGUCAAGCAGUUUUGGAGCUACAGGAACAAGGCGUUCUAUCAAAGUUAAAGACCAAAUGGUGGAAGGAAAAACGCGGUGGAGGAGCCUGUUCGCAAGGAGAUAGUAGCGGUGAAGCAAAAGGUUUGGGAUUGGCUAAUUUAGGAGGUGUUUAUUUCGUCCUGCUUGUUGGUUCUAUCCUUGCGAGUAGCAUUGGAGUUUGCGAAUGGCUUUUGAGUAUAUAUUUCAUAGCCCGAGAUAACAAGGUUUCAUUCAAGACCGAACUAAUGGAUGAACUUCGUUUUGUCAUGCAAUGUUCUGGAAAUACCAAAGCUGUUAAAUAUCCAAAAACAUCGGGAAGUUCAAGUUCCAGUUCGAGUUCUAGUUCGAAAUCAAAGAGAUCAUCUAUAACUAUUGAUUCGAUUGCAACAGAAAAUUUAGAUGACAGUAAGAUGCAUAAUCACAGUGAUCAUAACAAAAGUCACAAUCACAGUGAUCAUAAUAAAAGUCACAAUCACAGUGAUCAUAAUAAAGGCCAGAACCACAAGUAAACAAAAGUAUCUUUGAAAUUUUGCAUCAUCGAAUGUACUACAUUAUUUAUUAUUGUGUGUGAAAUUCUAGAGUUUAGAAUAAUAAAUUAGAAGUAGAAAGUUGUGUGACAUUUUACUUUCUAUAAUAAAAAAAUUUAAUAGUAACGUUUAA